AUGGAAAACCAAUGUGAAGAUCAUCAUUCAGAGCAAUCCAGAAGAGGAACUACAUUUUUCAAAACCCGUUUCAAUGGACUCAAUGCCUUAUCAGGUAUUGGAAUACUUUCGAUGCCCUAUGCAGUUUCUCAAGGAGGAUGGUUUAGUUUAAUUCUGCUACUUCUGGUUGCAAUGCUUUGUUGGUACACAGGACUGCUUCGACACAGAUGUAUGGAUGGACGCCCCCUCAUCAAAUCCUACCCAGACAUAGCUGAAGAAGCUUUUGGGUACAAAGGAAGAGCCAUAGUAUCCACACUGAUCUACCUAGAACUGUUUCUGGUAGCCACAGGACUUAUAAUACUAGAAGGUGAUAGCUUGGAGAAGUUAUUCCCAAACAUGAGCUUCAGAGCCUGUGGCCUCAAAAUUUCAGGGAAACAAGGCUUUGUGCUGCUCACAACCCUAGUAAUAUUGCCAACCACAUGGCUAAGAGACUUAGGUGUUUUGGCCUAUGUUUCUGUUGGUGGGGUUCUUACUUCAAUUGUUUUGGUUGCUUGUGUUGUGUGGGUGGGAGCUUUCGAUGGCGUGGGGUUUCAUAAAAGAGGAAAAAUGGUAAAUUGGGGAGGACUUGCUACUUCUACAAGUCUCUUUACAUUUUCCUAUUGUGGCCACUCCGUGUUUCCAACCAUUCGCAGGUCCAUGAAAGAUACAAGACGAUUUUCCAAGGUUUUACUUGUCUGCUUUAUCAUAAGCACCAUAACCUAUGGACUUAUGGCCAUAAUAGGCUAUGUGAUGUUAGGAGACUUUUCAAAGUCUCAAGUGACCUUAAAUCUUCCAAAAAGAGAAUUAAGCACCAAAAUAGCAAUAUAUACUACACUAAUUAACCCCAUCACUAAGUAUGCAAUUACAGUCACUCCAAUUGCUAAUGCUAUUGAGAGCAUAAGCAUUGUUAUUGUUGCACUGUUCAUUCCUUUUUUUAGAUACCUCAUGACUUUUACUGGUGCUUUAUUAGGUGUAAGUGGUUCAUUGAUGCUACCUUGCUUGUGUUACCUUAAGAUCAAUAAAGCUACUCAAAGGUUUGGGUUUGAGUUGGUGAUCAUUAUUGGGAUUCUACUAAUAGGGCCAUUCAUUGUUGUGGCAGCUCUCAAGAAAAUGGAC